AUGUCAGGCUGGUCACCGAUCAACCCUCACCCACGCAUCAGCGACACCGACGUCGCCAACUUCGACUAUGCCGCGUACCCCUGGCAAGACAUCAAAGUCGAGCUUCGCCCCGAUGGCAUCGCCAUCCUCUACCUCGAUCGACCCACCCAGUAUAACACCUUCACCGGUGCCAUGUCGUUUUCGCUCGUAUUUGCGUUCGAACUGUUCGACGCGGACGAUCGGGUAAAAGUGGCCAUCAUCACGGGUGGUGGUGGCAAGGUGUUCUGCGCCGGAGCGUAUCUCGCCCAGGGAUUUGGAGCGAUCGCUGACCACGCGCAGGGCCACAGGGAUGGUGGUGGCCAGGUGGGGCUGUCCAUCCUGCGAUGCCGAAAACCAUCGAUCGCUGCGAUGAACGGAAAUGCCAUCGGGAUCGGUGUGACGAUGACGCUGAGCUGCGACUUCAGGUUGAUCGCAGAGAACGCCAAAGUGGCAAUCCCCUUCGUGCAGAGAGGUAUCGCCAUGGAGGCGUGCUCUUCCUACCUCCUGCCGAGGCUGAUCGGAGUCACAAAGGCGAUGGACAUCAUCCUGACCGGAGACGUACGUUCUCCCAAGGACGAAAGCUAUGCGGCGCUGUGGACGCGUGCACCGCUACCCCAGGAUCAGGUGUUGCCGGAAUCGAUCAAGUUGGCGGAAAAGCUGGCCAAGAACAGCAGCGUCAGCAUGGCUCUCUGCAAAGCGCAGAUCUGGAGACAGGUGGACUCGCCCGAGGAUGCGCAUCUGUUGGAAAGUCAGGGUAUCUGGGAGACGUCCAGGUUGGAUGGGCUGGAAGGAGCAAAGAGCUUUUUGGAGAAGAGACCGCCCGCGUUUCCGGGUAAGAUGAGCGAUCUGGAGAGGUUUGCGUUCUGGCCGUGGUGGAGACAGGCCGAGGUAGCGUCGUAUCCGAGAGGUCCCGAGUCGAUGCGUGCUGCUGCUCUUCGGAGCAAGUUGUAG